AUGGCGACAGGUAAAAUCAAAGUGACAAAACAUGAAAGAGGCAAAAAGUGGCGGCAACUACUCCCGCCAAUUUUGGUGGACGCUGGCUGGCUGCUAAAGCUGGCUGCAGACCUCCUCGUACUCGAAGCUAUCACCCCAGAACUUUGCUACAAGUGCUCGUUGCACACCAUGAAGUUCCAUGCGCGUGCGAUCCAGAUGAAAGAUAUGCCUGUAGGAGAAUAA